AUGCUUCUAAAUGAUUUGCCAAGUGAUGAAAGCGAUUCAGACUACGAACCUGAUCAAAAAGAAGACGAAAAACAAGAAAAAGCUGAGUCAAGAGACCUUGAUAAAGCUAAGGCUGAGCUAGAACAAAUUAAGCAAGAGGUAAGCACACAAAAAAUCGAAAAACCCAAAGAAAACAGCUUAGAAGAAGCCUUGAAAAUUGCGCAAAAAAUCAAAGAGUCAGAAUCAGCUCCGCAAAUGCAAACAAUUAAAGCUAAAUUUGCAGGAGAAAACCUAGGAGUUCUUCCAAUAAAACGAGGUCGGGCAAGCUUAGACCAGCUUGCUUCCGAGCUUACUAAAAAGAAAUCCAUAACAUCGGUAAGCAAGUCCAAACUUGACUGAGAGAAAUAUAAAGAACAGAAUAAUCUCGAAGACGAUUUGGCGAAAAAUAGAAAAGAUGGAUACCUUGGGAAGAAAGAUUUUCUCGAUCUCGCAAAAGAGAGAGAAAAAAGUAGACUUUCAGAAAUGAAGAGAAAAAGAUACAAUGAUAAUUAA